AUGGCAGCUGCUCGAGCGUUUCUCUUUCUGUGUCUUUCGCUAUUGUUAGUUCAGAGUUUUGGUAGGGAAAAUUUUGUGAGGGUUAGCAGUGAGAAUCAUGGAAGAGCUGAACACCCAGAGUGGCUGGUGUUUUGGCAUCAACACCCUCCAUUGCCUUCUUGGCUUCCUAAAACCAAAUGGCCAUUCCCUCAUCCCCCAUUGCCUUCUUGGAUUCCUAAAACCAAAUUCCCUCACCCUCCAUUGCCCUCUUGGAUUCCUAAAACCAAAUUCCCCCACCCUCCAUUGCCUUCUUGGAUUCCUAAAACCAAAUGGCCAUUCCCUCAUCCCCCAUUGCCUUCUUGGAUUCCUAGAACCAAAUUCCCUCACCCUCCAUUGCCCUCUUGGCUUCCUAAAACCAAAUUCCCUCACCCUCCAUUGCCCUCUUGGCUACCUAAAACCAAAUUCCCCCACCCUCCAUUGCCAUCUUGGAUUCCUAAAACCAAAUUCCCACACCCUCCAUUGCCCUAUUGGCUUCCUAAAACCAAAUUCCCUCACCCUCCAUUGCCUUCUUGGCUACCUAAAACCAAAUGGCCAUUCCCUCAUCCCCCAUUGCCUUCUUGGAUUCCUAAAACCAAAUUCCCUCAUCCCCCAUUGCCUUCUUGGCUUCCUAAAACCAAAUGGCCAGCUUUCCCACACCCUCCAUUGCCAUCUUGGCUGCCAAAGAACAAAUGGCAUUUCCCAACACUCCCUUCAGGCGGUAGCAAGUGGCCAUGGCUACCACACCACAGCACCAAAACCAAAUGCGCUUCAACCCCUGCAGUAAUCGAGAGUUGCAUGAAAGAGGGCUUCUCAUCUAGUCACAUCAAUGGAGGCUACAAAUUCUCAACGGAGUGUUGCAAGUCUGUUGCAGAGAUCAAAGAUGAAUGCAGUGAUGAGUUGUACGUUCCGGCGAUCAAAUAUCAGUGCCACUUCACUCAUGCAUAA